UAUAUUAUUUCCUUAUUACAGAUAUAUACGUGUUCUAUUAUCCAAUCAACUCUCUUACUACAUUUUCUUUCUCUUCUAUGUUCUCUGCAAUUCUAACUUAACUAUUUCAUUUUUAAUAUACGUAUUUGGAAAAUCAUGGUGGGUGAGAUUGAUACUAAACCGAUUGAACCGGUCCAGAAUGCGAUAUCCUUGUUUGGAGAUAAUAAAGCUGAUCCCAAUAAAUCUCAAUCUGCAAGGAUUCAUAAGCGAACUUGUGAAAAAGAGAUUGAAGACUUGAGAAAAGAAUUGGCCAACUUGAAGGUUCAAUUGGAAGCAAAACAUGCUGCACACAUGCAAGCACUUCUCAAGCUUGAACACAACCAAAAGAAGAUUCAUGAACUUUCCACACUCUUGAAGAAAUGCGAUCUCGAAAGAAAAAAGAACAUGAAUGAUGAUCCUACUACCAAAGAUGAGACUGAGACUGAAUCAUCCAAGAUGAAGGAGAUGGCAGAGCUCAGCUCGCUGGAAGCCGCGAAACUUCGCGACCAGCUUUCGCAUGUUUUAUCGGAGUUGAAGGCCACACAAAGAGAGCUUCUUAACAAAGAAACAGAACUUGUUGCCGCUAGAGACUUUAAAUUGAAAGCGAUUGCGGACGCGGAAGAGAUGAGAAACGCAUUGGAGAUCGAGAAGGAACAGAAAGAAGAGAUAAUGAAACAAGUGAAGGAACUUAGCCAAGUGAUUCAUAGUUCGAAACUUGAUGAUGCAAUUGAAGCAGAGAGAGAGAAUUUUGCUGCAGUGUUGUCUGAGAAGGACGAAAGAAUUGCGUUAGCAGAACAAGAAUUGGAAGAUAUGAGAAAUCAAAUAGAACUAGACCAGAGAAAGAUCAUGGAUCAAUCGACACAAAUCGGAAUAAUGGAGAUAUAUAUGAAUCAGUUAAAAGAAGAGGCUAUUAGUGCAAAGGAAGAAAUAAACGGUUUGAAUAACGCAAUAGAAUCGGUAACCGGCGAAUUACAGAAGGCGAAAAUUGAACUGAACAUGUAUAAGGAGAGAGACAUCGAAUCGCAGGUGGAGAUCGCAUUACUGAAAUCGCAGUUUCAGGAGCACAGAUUGGCUUACAUUCACCAAGAACAUGAAAAUCAAGAUUGGCAGGGCGAAUUGAAUAUGAUAACAAGGAUCGAAUCUAAAGAAGUGAGAAUGAACAUGGAGAACAAGAAUGGUGAAAUCGCAGUGGUGGCUGCGCGUGCAGAAUUGCCGUGUGAGUUAGCAUCAAUGAAGAAAGAGCUGAGAAUGGCGGCGGCGAAGAUGGCGGAGCUGAGGGGGCGAGCAGAACAGGCUCUAAGCAGGGCAGAAGUUGCUGAGAAGGCGAAAGCAGCAUUGGAAGAUAAAAUAGCGAGGCAUAGGGAACACAGGCAGAGAAGAAAAGCUGCUUUAACCGCACUCAAAGAAGAAUCAAACCCUAAACAGUUUAGUCCUUCUUCACCUGAUUCAACACCUACCCUGCAACAGCCGUUGGGUAAGGUUCUCAAUUUGAAGUUGUAAAAGGUCACUUCACUCCUAUUUUGAAUGUAGUUAGUGUUUUGCUGUUACUCACUUAUUACUUGUUUUUGGUCAUUUUCAAUUUCGUCUGUUUUGUA